AAAACAGAUUACAAUCUCCUUCAUUGGUCCAAUCACUUGAUGAGUCAUUUACUAACCAACUUGAUAAUCUGGUAUUAGAUGCAAGCAAUAAAAAUGAAAAUGAACAAUCUAAAAGAUUAGGUUGUGAAGGUUACUCCAUAUGGAGCAACCUGGGGUUUGCUCUAGCAUAA